UGCUGAGUCUUGGCUAGACAGCAGCGACUAGGGCUCUGGCGCCGGCGAGAUGCCUUUGUUCACCGCCAACCCCUUCGAGCAAGACGUGGAAAAGGCCACAAAUGAGUACAACACUGCAGAAGAUUGGAGUCUUACUAUGGAUAUAUGUGACAAAGUUGGAAGUACACCUAAUGGAGCGAAAGAUUGCCUAAAAGCCAUAAUGAAAAGGGCAAAUCAUAAGGUUCCUCAUGUUGCUCUGCAGGCACUGACUCUUCUUGGGGCAUGUGUGGCACUGUGGAAAGAUACUUCAUUUAGAGUGUGUUCCCGUGAUUUUGCAGCAGAAGUACAUGCUGUGAUUGAAAAUAAGGCACCUCCUGAAGUUGAAAAACUGAAGUCUUUAAUGGUGGAGUGGUCAGAAGAAUUUCAGAAGGACCCUCAGUUUAGUCUAAUAUCUGCAACUGUUAAGUCUAUGGAAGAGGAAGGAAUUACUUUCCCUCCAGCAGGUUCUCAGACGGUCUCAGCUGCUGCCAAGAAUGGUACGUCAUUGAACAAAAACAAAGAGGAUGAAGACAUGGCUAAAGCUAUUGAAUUAUCACUGCAAGAGCAGAAACAGCAACACACGGAAAUAGCCUUAUAUCCAUCUGCAGAAAUUCAGUUAAAUAAUAAGGUUGUACGGAAAGUGAGAGCUUUAUAUGAUUUUGAAGCUGUUGAGGACAAUGAACUCACCUUUAAACAUAGUGAAAUAAUUACUGUUUUAGAUGACAGUGAUGCCAGUUGGUGGAAAGGAGAAAAUCACAGAGGACUAGGACUCUUCCCAUCCAAUUUUAUAACAACUAAUUUAAACAUAGAGUCUGAGGCAGCGGCUGUGGACAAAUUGAAUGUAAUUGAUGAUGAUGUGGAGGAAAUUAAGAAAUCAGAGCCUGAGCCUGUUUAUAUAGAUGAGGAUAAGAUGGAUAGAGCCCUGCAGGUACUUCAGAGUAUAGAUCCAACAGAUUUGAAACCAGACUCCCAAGACCUUUCGGAUUUAGAAGAUAUCUGCCAGCAGAUGGGUCCAAUGAUAGAUGAAAAACUUGAAGAGAUUGAUAGGAAGCAUUCAGAAUUGUCUGAAUUGAAUGUAAAAGUCUUGGAAGCUCUGGAACUGUGUAACAAAUUGGUGAAUGAAGCACCAGUAUACUCAGUCUAUUCAAAGCUCCACCCUCCAGCACAUUACCCACCUGCAUCAUCUGUGGUUCCAAUGCAGACAUAUCCAGUUCAAUCACAUGGUGGAAACUAUAUGGGUCAGCGCAUUCACCAAGUAACGAUUGCCCCAAGCUAUAGCCUAGGACCAGAUCAAAUUGGUCCACUAAGAUCUCUGCCACCAAAUGUGAAUUCUUCAGUGACAACACAUACUGCUCAAACUUCAUGUUUAAGCACUGGACAAGACACUGUUUCCAAUCCUACUUAUAUGAACCAGAAAUCUAACCUACAAUCAGCUACUGGUACAACUGCUUACACACAGCAAAUGGGGAUCUCUGUGGAUAUGUCAUCUUAUCAGAACACUGCUUCCAAUUUGCCUCAACUGGCAGGCUUUCCGGUGACAGGUCCAGCUCAUCCAGCUGCACAGCAGCACACAAAUUACCAUCAGCAGCCCCUCCUUUAGAAACAAAGCAGCCAUUUUCUUGAAAGCCUUCCUAAGUGUAUUAUUCAAUCCUUGUGAUUCCAACCUGAAAACGUUAAAACUUUUUCCUCUCAACUCAAAAGGACUAUGAAUGAAUAAAGCACAAAA